CAUUGUAAUAAUUGAUUAAUUUGUUUUACUAUAUUUUAGACACUUUUCUUGACUUUUGGGUUUAUGUGACUAUUAAGGCAAACGUCAGAGAUAUGGCCACUAAUGUUCAGUUUAUGUCCGAAUAUGGUAAUCCUCAGUUAAGCAUUGCUGAAGCAGGAUACUAUUUAACUACUCUUUCUGCUGCUAUUAGCUACAUCAAAACUUUAUCUGCAGAAAAGCUUCAGAAACAAGAAGAAAUUAAUUCGCAAUUUGUAUUAUGUGAAAUAGAUGCUCUAAACUGGUCUGCUUCACAAUGUGGCAUUUUUAUGGAAGUUGUUUCACAGAAAGAGCUUGUUGGAUAUGCACCAGCUGUUGUCAAGAAGUGGGUUUUGGAUAAAAGCAGACCAUUUAGUACAGUUCUUGUUGAAACAAGUGACAGUAGUGACAAGGUACAAGUAGCUAUUGUUCGGUUUUCUAGUAAAAAAUUGUCAUCAAAACAUGCUGAGUACUUUUAUGACAUUUUGACCAACUUUGAUGUACAUGGAAUAUGUUGCAGAAGUUCAGAAGAUGGCUGUGUUGUCGUGGCUGACCCAAAAAUAUGUGGAGAAGAGUUGAUCAUUUUGAAUUCAAGAAAUAUUUUAGAACAACUCGAAACUCUUCGGUAUUCCAUUCAGCUGAUUCGUUUAGGAAGUCAAGUUCCUGAAGAUGAUGAGGAAUAUCCUCCUAUUCGUUCCUCAGUUCCUGUCAGUGCAGUGGCAAACUCUUUGUCUUACUUAACUUCUAAACAGCAUGAUAGAAGUGGAAAAGGAAGAAGGGACAACAGUGCCUUAUUAAGUUGUCAUGUUGAUUAUGAUACUUACAGAUUAAGCAAAGAAAGGACAAAGGAGUUUGUGGUUACUGCCGAAGUGCAUCAUUUGGAAGUAGACUCUGAAACGGACUGUGGAAAGAAAAAAAUGGUACAAAAUCAUUGCAAAAACCUCACAGGCAAAGAUGAUGAAUCAAGUACUGUUUUCACUUGUGAUAUAGUUUAUCUUGAGCAGAAUUACAGAGAGAAUCACAUGUAUGGUAAUCAAAGUGGUAGUGUAAAGGAGAGUUCUUUGCAGUUGACAAAACAAUGUCAGAUGAUGCUACAAAAACUUAGCUUUCUCAGUCAUAUUCAUUGCCUUGAUGGGCAAUAUGAUGAUGACACCAUGAAUGCAGUGCAGUCUUUCCAAAUUGCACAUAAUCAGCAAGAUGAUUUUUCAUCAAUUCAACUUCCAGAAAAUGGUUAUUUGUCUAUUGCUACACUACAAUAUCUCAGACAGGAGCUUUUGACUGUGUUUGCUAAUUUAAUGAGGCUUAGAAAGAAUGUUGGCUUAGAUGUGCUAACUAGUUUUGACCCUAUGUCAAUAGACCCUGAUGAUAUGAAGAAAUUCUUUAACUUUAUUGUUAGUUUUCAAAAAAAAGUCAAGAUACCUCAGACUGGAACGUUGUGCACCAAAACUAUAUUUCAUAUCAAAAGAUUGCUGCAGGUGCAGCAAACAUUUUCAUUUCGGGGAAAUAGUUUUUAGUGUUUUAUGUUUUAAGCAUAA